GAUGGGCCCUCGGAAGAGUCGUAUUUUAGGUUGGGUUUACGCUACAGAUCUACUUGGAAAGGUUUAAUAAAAGAUCUCCCAGGUGCGUGCUAGUGGCCACAGAGUGUAGAGUAACCCCGGCGCACUCUGUACAGUGAAACGAGCGCACCGACUGCUUGUCAACAGUCAGUUAAUGUGCAUGUGGAGCAGCCGUAUGGCUGUGCGUUUUACGGCACAAAGCUGACCGUGCCGUUACUCGCUUUCUUGUUAACGUUUGGGUUAGUACAUACCGGCAAGACUCGACCGUCUGCAGUUAGACAAACGGCCCAACGAACAAACGAUGGCCCAUCUAACUCAAAACCCCGCUGAUAAAGAAAGGUUCAUCUGCAUCUAUCCAGUGUACAUCAACAGUAAGAAGACGCUGGCUGAAGGACGAAGGAUCCCCACAGAGAAGGCUGUUGAGAACCCGUCCUGUGCUGAGAUCAGAGACGUCCUGACGGCUGCUGGGCUCAACGUCUACAUGGAGAACAAAAUGCAUCCCAGGGAGUGGAACAGGGACGUCCAGUUCAGAGGUCGUGUCAGGGUUCAGGUGAAGCAGGCUGACGGCAGCUUCUGUCAGGAGAAAUUCUCCUCCCGUAAAGACGUGAUGUUUUACGUAGCUGAGAUGAUCCCUAAACUGAAGACCCGGACCCAGAAGAGCGGAGGGGGAGACACCAGCUCCCAGCAGGGAGAGGGAGGCAAGAAGAGCAAGAAGAAGAAGAAAUAGAGCCAGAAAAUGUUUUUUAUUUCUUUUUGAACUAAUUGUGAGGUCGUCGUGAUUGAUUCCAGCAGUUUGAGACAGAAUCAAACACUGAGCUUGUUGUUUUUUGUCAUUGUGACCACAGAAACUCUUUCAGCUGGAGGUGAAUUCUGUUCCUUAUUCUUUAGAUUUUGACAUUUUCUGUGACCUGUGAAUCCUGCUCACUUAGUUUCCAGAAACACGAGCAGCAGCAGAGAGACGAGCUCGUUUGUGUUAUGGCGUUCGCUGUGUUGCUCCAUUCUGUUCCCUUCACUUUCACUCUCAGUAAAAACUUCCUCUCCGU